GAGCGUCCGUGAGUUUGUUCCCUUGGGUCUCCCACGAAGGAGAAAGACCGCCUGGACUACACACUACGAAGUUUCUCUUUGCAGGAAGAGGGAAGAAAGAGAGUAAUCUUUUGCUUUCGUUGGCGAAGGUUUUGGAUUUCAUCGGAGCUUGUGUUAUUGAAACGUCAGAUAUGGAGGCGAGUGCUACAAAGGGAAACAUUCUCAUACUUACAGAUGAAGUGGUCAUACCUGUCAGUGCAGUUUCAACUGCAAUUAUGGUGCUUGAGAGUGAAAAGGCUGUGCAGAAUGAUCCUCUAAUCAUCACCCAAGCCUCAUCUCUAAAAGAGCUUCCGGUUCAGUCGUCCUCUCUGGAUAUAGUUAUCUCGAUCUCAAGUACACUUGAACUUCUUGGAAAUCAAUUGCUUGAAGAGAUGUCCAGAGUAUUGAAACCUGGUGGAGUGAUCCUAAUUCAGAUUCUGCAGCAGCCAAGCUCUACCCUUGAGCGCAAAGUACUGAUGGCAGGAUUCCUUGAACCUCUAGUUCUCCAACUCAAACCAUUUGUACGGCAAGAUAACAUUCAGUCUCUUACGGUGAGUUUGGCGCUGNUUAAAUGA